AUGGAAAUGAAUUUAACUCGUACUUUAUUAAAUGCAAUUGUUUAUGAUAAAUCAGUUCGACCAGCUUUACAUCAUCUUGAUGUAACAAAUGUUUCAUUUGAUUUAUCACUUGCUCAAUUAAUUGAUGUCGAUGAAAAAAAUCAAAUUAUUACAACAAAUCAAUGGUUAACUAUGAAAUGGCCUGAUCCAAAAUUAAAAUGGAAUCCAGCUCAUUGGGAUAAUGUUAAAUUACUUCAUAUUAAAUAUGAUAAAGUUUGGUUGCCUGAUAUUGUUUUAUAUAAUAAUGCCGACAAUCUUGCUUCAUUAAGUCAAAUAUCGACAAAUGUUAUGGUCUCUUCUGAAGGUAUUGUUACAUGGUUAUCUACAGGUAUAUUUCGAAGUUCAUGUUCAAUUGAUGUUCGUUAUUUUCCUUUUGAUGAACAAAAUUGUACUUUGAAAUUUGCCUCAUGGACUUAUGAUAGUGCUCGAAUUGAACUAUCAGCAAAUUCAUUGACUGGUGAUUUAAGUAAUUUUAUGGAAAAUUCAGAAUGGGAAAUUGUUCGAUUACAUGUAAAGAAAAAUGUUGUUAAAUAUUCAUGUUGCCCAGAAACUUUUCCGGACUUAACAUAUACAAUACAAAUGCGUCGUCGUCCAUUAUUUUAUGUAUUUAAUAUGAUACUUCCAUGUUUUCUUAUAACAACUGUAGCUUUUCUUGGUUUUUGUGUUCCAUCCGAUAGUGGAGAAAAAGUUUCAAUUGGUGUAACAACACUUCUUUCAAUGACAGUUUUUCUUAUGCUUGUUGCUGAUAGUAUGCCACCAAAUUCUGAUUCAUUGCCAUUGAUUGGUGUGUAUUAUUUUUCUGCAAUUAUAAUUGUAAGUAUUGCAACAGCUAUGUCAGUUGCUUCACUUAAUGUAUAUCAUCAUGGUAAACAUUAUCUUCAACCUGUACCAAAAUGGAUAUCUCGUAUAUUUUUUUUCAUUAUUCCUAAACUUCUUUUAAUGAAUAUUGAUGUUCCUACACAACCGUCUCUAAGACGACGAAAUCCUUUAAAAUCACAAAUAACAGUACAUAAAACACGAAUGAAAUAUAAUUAUACAAAUGAAAUCAAAUCAUCACAAAAUGGUUUAAUACAAUAUGAUGAAAAUUCUAGUGAACAUGAAAAUAUAACAUUAUUAUCUACAGAUAAUAAUCGUCGAAUGUCAAUACCACUUGUUCUUCGUUCCUAUUCAACAAAACAGCAUCAACAACAACAACAACAGCACGUACAUAAAUCUAAUGAAACAAAUGACAAUUCACCAUCAAUCCAUUAUAUGUAUCGUCUUAUUGAACAGAAUGAACGUCGAUGUAAACAACAAGAACAUAAUACAACAAUUGCACAACAAUGGCAGAUCUUAGGACGAGUUAUUGAUCGUUUAUUUAUUGUUGUAUUUUUAAUUGGUACAAUGCUUGUCUUCGGAUUUAUAUUCUAUCAAGCUCCACAUUUACGAUUAAAAUAA